AUGGCGUCUACGGUUAGCUCUGGUAAGUCUUUACGCAUCGGCGUCGACGUUGGCGGCACAAAUACCGAUGGUGUCGUACUCGAUCCCUCGCGAGUUUUAGAACCGGACAAAGGUAUUAUUGCCUGGCACAAGGCCCCGACCACGACAAAUCCAAGUCUUGGCAUCAACGAUGCUAUUACUACUAUGUUCAGCGCAGCGGGAAUCACCCCAGACCAAGUUGCUAGUGUUACUAUUGGAACUACCCACUUUGUCAACGCCGUCAUUGAGAGAGAUGCUGCGCGAUUAUCUAAAGUUGCUGUACUCCGACUUUGCGGCCCCUUUUCUAAGCAUGCGCCUCCCUGUGUGGACUGGCCCGAUGACAUGCGUGAGCUUAUUCUCGACUAUUAUGCGCUUCUAAAGGGAGGCUUAGAAGUCGAUGGGUAUAUCAUUUCCGAUAUCGACGAGAAUGAGAUUAAAGAGCAAUGCGCUAUCAUUCGAGAGAAGGGGGUUAAAAGUAUAGUCGUGAAUGGAGUGUUCAGUCCCAUCGAUACUAUCGAACAGCAAGAGGAGCGCGCUGCUGCUAUUAUUCGUUCCGAGCUUCCUGGAUGCGAUGUCGUCUGCUCUAAAGAAGUCGCCAAUCUAGGAUUCCUCGAGCGAGAGAAUGCUGCGAUCUUGAACGCGUCGAUUCUUGCAUUCGCUCGCAAAACGAUUCGUUCUUUCCAGGAGCCGAUUAAGCGCCUGGGCUUGGAUUGUCCCGUCUUCAUUACACAAAAUGACGGUACAAUUUUGUCUGGUGAUAUGGCGGCGAAGCUACCCAUCCGAACUUUCUCUAGUGGUCCGACGAACAGCAUGCGUGGUGCUGCGUUCCUAGUACAGAACGAACUGGACGAGGCAAUGAUGGUAGUUGACAUAGGUGGCACAACUACCGACGUUGGUCUCUUGCUCGCAAAUGGCUUUCCACGGCAACAAGCUGCGCAUAGCGACUUAGCAGGAGUUCGAAUGAACUUUUCAUGUCCAGAUGUCAAGAGUAUUGGCCUAGGCGGUGGCUCAAUCGUCCGAAAUGACGAAACGUUAACUGUAGGCCCAGAUAGCGUUGGUUACAAGAUCACCGAAGAAGCUCGGGUCUUUGGUGGUAAAGUCCUCACCGCUACCGACUGCACGGUACUUGCGAAUGAUACAGUCGAUAUUGGGAAUAGGGAGUUAGUAAAAGGCACAUUAGACGAUGAAGGGGUAGCAAAAUUCAAGGCCGUCGUUAAGCACAAGAUCGAGAAGAUCAUCGAUACCAUGAAAACCUCACCGGAAGACCUUCCCGUACUUCUCGUAGGAGGUGGAGCAGUGAUCGCUCCAGAUGAACUAAGAGGAGCCAGUAAAGUGCUCAAGCCGAAGUGGUCGGGCGUUGCAAAUGCCAUUGGAGCCGCGAUUGCAAGAGUCAGUGCUGUUAUUGAUACAGUGAAAUCUACUGAGUCUAAGUCUAUAAAACACAUAUUGGAUGAGAUCUCUCAAGAUGCUAUUGAGAAGGCUGUAGCAAACGGUGCAUCAAGGUCAACAGCCAAAGUGGUAGAAAUAGAUACUCUACCUCUACCGUAUAUAGCCAACAAGACAAGGUUUACCGUACGGGCUGCGGGAGAUCUUGAUUACUCGCGCACGGAUUUCUCAACCCUCAAUUUUGAAGAGACGUCUGCAGAUACAGAAGUUCAAAUGGAUGAGUACGAAAAGGCUGCUAAGGACUCAAAUAAGAAGACGAAGUCAGAGCCCAAGGAAGAUUUAGACAUUGAUAGCUAUAAGCCUAACGUCAAAAAUCGGGUCUGGUAUAUCAACGAGACAGAUCUUAGUUGGAUUUCCAUCGGCUGCUAUAUCCUCGGCACAGGUGGGGGCGGUAGCCCCUAUUCAUCUAUGAUCCGCCUCAGACAAAUGCUCCGUAGGGGUGACGUGGUCCGUGUUAUAAGUCCAGACGACUUAUCGGAUGACGCAGCAAUAGCGACUGGUGGUCAUGCUGGCUCACCUACAGUCGGGAUUGAAAAGUUGAGCGGAGACGAGAUGACCGAGGCACAGGAGGAACUGUACAAGAUCUGUGGUGAUAACCCGACACAUAUCAUUUCGGUAGAGAUCGGUGGUGGGAACGGUCUACAGAGCAUGAUUAUUGGCGCAAGUACUAACAUGGACUUGCCGGCUGUGGAUGGAGAUUGGAUGGGGAGGGCAUAUCCCACUAAGUGGCAGACCACUCCCGUCGUUUUUAACGAACGCUCUCCUAUUUGGUCACCUGUCGCAAUGGCAGACGGUAAUGGGAACGUGGUGGUCAUGCCGAAAUCAACUUCAGACCUACAGGUCGAACGCAUCCUUCGCGCAGCGUUAAGCCAGAUGGGUUCAGGCGUAGGGUUCGCCGACCCACCUGUGACCGGCGCCGAGUGUAAACGAUGGGCCGUCGAGCAUACCAUCUCACAAUCAUGGCGGAUCGGACGGGCGGUUGCCAAGGCGCGCAAAUCAAACCGCGUGGACAAUGUUGCGGAGACCAUCUUAGCGGAAUGCGGCGGUCCCGAGGCGGGCAAGGUGCUCUGGAAGGGUAAGAUAGUCGGCGUAGAACGCACGCUUCGAAUGGGCCAUAUUUACGGAGAGUGUAUCAUCGAAGGCGCGGACGUGGUCGACGACGAUACGGGCGUCAAAGCACAUCCCACCCCUAGUCAACCGCAGUUCCAGGGCCGGAUCAAGAUUCCGUUCAAGAACGAGAAUAUCGCCGCUAUCAAGAUCGUGCAAUCGGUCGUAGAGGGGGAAUCCGUCGAGACGGAGGGCGAGGUGCUGGGCCUUGUGCCCGACCUGAUCACAGUGAUCGACGCGCAGAACGGCGAGGCUAUCGGCACGCCCGAGUACCGGUACGGACUUCUAGUUAUCGUCCUCGGUAUUACAGCCAGCGAGCGCUGGACUUCAGAGAGGGGUAUCGAGAUAGGUGGUCCGAAGAGCUUUGGUAUGGACCAUCUAACGUAUAAGCCUCUGGGCAAGUUUGUUAAGCCCAGAAGCGUGAUUGAUGAGUUUGACGUUACUGGGUAG